CAGCAAACCCACAGGGGAGAUGGAGAUUCUGCCAGAGAAAGGCCCUACAAAUGCAAUGUAUGUGAGAAGUGUUUCACCCAAAAUAUGGGACUUACACUUCACAAGACCCUCAGUGCUGGAAAAAUCCAUUGUAACUGGAAAGUAUCAGCAAAAUGUAUUGUUGAUUACAAACUGCCAGAUCUAAGCCAAGAAGAAAUCUUUGAAGGAACUGAGGAUUUCAUAAGCCAGAAGUGUGGGAAAUCUUUUAUCCAGAGUUCACACUUGGUGAGCCACAGAAGACUCCACACAUCAGAGAAGCAAUACCAAUGUCAGGAGUGUGGGAAAUGUUUUGCUUACAGUUCAGGCUUGGUGAAGCACAAAAGACUCCACACAGGAGAGAAACCAUACCAAUGCCAGGAGUGUGGGAAAUGUUUUGCUGACAUUUCAGCCUUGGUGAGCCACAAAAGACUCCACACAGGAGAGAAGCCAUACAAAUGCCAGGAGUGUGGGAAAUGUUUUGCUUACAGUUCAGGCUUGGUGAAGCACAAAAGACUCCACACAGGAGAGAAGCCAUACCAAUGCCUGGAGUGUGGGAAACGUUUUGCUGACAGUUCAACCUUGGUGAGCCACAAAAGACUCCACACAGGAGAGAAGCCAUACCAAUGCCAGGAGUGUGGUAAAUGUUUUGCUGUGAGCUCAUACUUGGUGAAGCACAAAAGAGUCCACACAGGAGAGAAGCCAUACCAAUGCAAGGAGUGUGGGAAAUGUUUUGCUGUGAGUUCGGCCUUAGUGAAGCACAAAAGAGUCCACACAGGAGAGAAGCCAUACCAAUGCCAGGAGUGUGGGAAAUGUUUUGCUGUGAGUUCGGCCUUAGUGAAGCACAAAAGAGUCCACACAGGAGAGAAGCCAUACCAAUGCCAGGAGUGUGGGAAAUGUUUUGCUGUGAGUUCGGCCUUAGUGAAGCACAAAAGACUCCACACUGGAGAAAAGCCAUACAAAUGCCUGGAGUGUGGGAAAUGUUUUGCUCAGAGUUCACACUUGGUGAGGCACAAAAGACUCCACACUGGAGAGAAACUAUACAAAUGCCUGGAGUGUGGUAAAUGUUUUGCUCGAAGUUCAGCCCUUGUGGGCCACAAGAAAGUUCACACAUGAGAACGUCACACAGAUGCAUGGAUUGUGGGUAAUACUUUACUCACAUUUCAUCCCUUAUAAAGCACCACCUACUUCACACAGUUUAAAAAAACAAACAAAUGUCAGGUACGUGGGAAAUGUUUAUAUUGGGCUUCAUACUUUUUGAACCAUAAGAGACUAUGUACAGGAGAGAAAUCAUCCAAAGAGCUGGGACAAAACUAAUAAAAUCUUUAAGUAA